CAGAAUAAUUAUUUACUAUUCUGUGUCACUUCAAGUGAAAUUGAGUGUUUUCAUUUGAAAUAAGUCUUAAGCUAAAAUGUUUUUGUUGAUUUUGUCAACUGUAUUGAGUUUCAUUACCGUUCAUACAUCCAUAAUAGGAAAAUUGAUCUUUAAAUGGAGAAACAGGCCUUCUUCUGAAGAAAUGCAACUUAUUUCUCAAAAGAAAGAACUGCUAGUUGAACAAAGUCAGUAUAACAUCACCGAAAAUUUUGCGAAAUAUUCCAAGGUUCAACGAAAAAUAAACAAAAUCGAGGAAACCCUAGCAGAAUGCCAUAGUAAAAACAAUGGUCUAACAAUGCAAAUUGGACUCACUUACGGACUUAAGAUUCUAUUUGGAUUUACUCUUGUACUUUUCUCAUUAUACUUUCGACACACUCCAGUUUUCACAAUUGACAAAAAAAUUGAUAUGACUCCAUUUAGCUUCAUUAUUUCGUAUCCAAACGGACACAAUAUUGUUUCAUUCCAUUUCUGGUCAUUGUGUUGUACAUCAGUUGCUAAAUUAAUAAAAUUAUAAUGUCAUUAGACCAAUACUUUGCUAAACCUACUGUAGAUCAGUAAAUAAACAUUCACACUGUGAAAUAAA